AAAUUUUAUUUGUUUCCAGUUUCAUAAUGUUAUGAAAACUAUACAAGAAUUUUAUUUCUUUUGGUUUCCAAUAUGAUUAUUUGUGUGUGUAUUAUUUGUUUCGUGUGUAGUUCAGUCUCAUAUUGUUUCAAUGCUCCUCGAGUGAAUUUCAAAGUAGAUAUCGUUAGAACUGACAUAGAGUCAGCCGAGCCGAGUCGUCGUAACUAUGAGGCUCCUGAGCCGAAGCCCGCUUUGAGGAUAAUGGGCGGGAGCGACGCGGACAUCAGCAACCAUCCGUACGUGGCGGCCAUCUUGAUCCACGACCGGCUGUGGUGCGCCGGCUCCAUCGUCGACGUCGACUGGGUGCUCACUGCUGCGCACUGCUUGAAUUAUGUGAUCUUCGUGGAUCCCAUGAGAGGAUUGCAGGAUUACGUGAAGGUCCGCGUGGGCAGCUCCAAGCCCCUCGAGGGUGGGAAGCUGGUGGAUAUUGUGGGUGCCGUCAGCCAUCCCAAGUUUGAGGAGGAGCCGGUCCCUCACGCUGACAUCGCCCUGCUCAAAUUGGCUGGGAGAUUGAGAUUUAGCAGUUCCGUAAGAGCUAUAAAAAUAUUCGAGGGCUUUGUAGAGCCUUAUCCUCAGAGCUUUGUUCUAGUGUGCGGUUGGGGAGCCACUAAGUCCAACGAAGAUUUCGAGGAACACCCGCCUGAUCUGCUGACCGCUCGGCUCAAGGUUCGCACACAGACGUACUGCGAGGACGCGUACGAGCUAGUCAGCGGGUUUCGCUACGACAACGACUUCUUUUGCGCUUCACUGCGGAACGGAACGAGGGAUGCCUGUUUGUUCGACGCGGGGGCGCCGGCCGUGCAGCAGAACCGUCUGAUGGGCGUCAUGAGCUUCGGCCCCAAGCGCUGCGGUGACGAAAUACAGCCGCCCGUCUUCAUAAAGGCAUACUAUUUUAGGGACUUCGUAGCGCGUACUAUAGCAUCGUACAAGACGACACGGGAGCAGGCCGAAGCGCAGAUUAAUGUGGAGUACGAGUCCACAUUCAGUGGGAACACCACGAUGGAACCGGAGUACGUUAGAGAGGCAACCGAGGAAGAUUUUGGUGUAGAUGAUCAGUGAACACGCUGAAUACUAAAUACAACUAUAGCGUUAACAACUGUACAAGCUUUAUUAUUUCAUGUCAAGACUUCCAUAAUGUUACUAAGUCCUUGUGGUA